GAGCGGUUGAGGGGAGGAGCCGUCGAGGGGGAGGAGCCGUCGAAGAGGAAGAGCCCAGGGCCUUGGAGUGUCGUCUUCGUCGUCGUCCCCCCGCCCACGCUAUCCCCACCUCCCAGCUUUGGUGCCCCCCCAGCGGCGCCCCCUAUUGGCGGUGCGGAACCCGGCCGUUGGUGGGGUGGGCUGUGGGCCUCCAUGGGGGCGGCUGGGGUCCCGGGCCACCUCCUCCUGCGGGCCUUCCUCGUCCUGCUGGGGCUCCGCCAACUGCCCCCGUCCCUCCACCUCCGGCGCUCGGAGGAGGCGGCGGUGGUGGUGGUGCCCCAGAGGGUGACUCCCCGAGGCCGGGCCGGGCCGGCCGAAAUGCCCGGGGCGCUCUCCUACGUCCUGCCCCUGGACGGCCAGAGCCGCCUGCUCCGCCUGCACCCCAAGAAGCUGCUGCUGGCCCCCCGCCUGCCCGUCUUCACCUACACCGACGGCGGGGCCCUGGCCGUGGACCAGCCCUUCGUCCCCGACGACUGCUACUACCACGGCUACGUCGAGGGGACCCCGGAAUCCCUGGUGGCCCUCAGCACCUGCUCGGGGGGCCUGCGGGGGAUGUUGCAGGUGGGCCCGCUGGUCUACGAGAUCGAGCCCCUCCCGGCCUCCAGGACCUUCGAGCACUUGGUCUCCCGGUCGGGGGCCGGGGAGCCAUCCCCGAUGAAGUGCGGCCUGACGGACGACCUCCUGAGCAGCCUGCGCUUCCCCGGCCCGCAGGCGGGCAACGUGACUCCGCGACAGGGCCCCAUGGACGGCUGGUGGACCCACAGCCGCUUCCUGGAGCUGGCCGUGGUGGUGGACCACCGCCGCUUCGUCUACUCGCGGCGGAACGAGACGAAGGUGCGGGAGGACGUGGUCAAUGUGGUCAACGUGGUGGACUCCCUGUACCAGCUGCUCAACCUGAAGGUCUCACUGGUGGGCAUCGAGAUCUGGACGCAGCGGAACCUGGUGGACACGGACGCCAGCAUCUACGAGGUGCUCAAGGACUUCAGCCUGUGGAAGCUGGACAGCCUGUCCGGCCGCCUGCCUCACGACUGUGCCCACCUCCUCGUCGGCCGCAGGUUCGCCGGCGUGGUGGGCCUGGCCUUCGUCGGCGGCAUCUGCGACCCCCGGGCCAGCUCCGCCGUGGACGCGUUCGUCCGGGACCGGCUGCUCCCGGCGGCCCGCACGGUGGCCCACGAGCUGGGCCACAACCUGGGCAUGGCCCAUGACUUCGGCUCCUGUUCCUGCCGCCGCAAGCUGUGCGUCAUGCACGCCUUCCUCUCCGACGCCAACGUCUUCAGCAACUGCAGCUACCGCAAUUACUUCUCCACCAUCACCCAGCGGGGUCUCUGCCUGGUCAACGCCCCGCCGGCUGAGGCCGUCUUCCGGCUGGAGCGCUGCGGGAACCGGGUGGUGGAGCGCGGGGAAGAGUGCGACUGCGGGCCCCCCGGCGACUGCAAGUGGGACCUCUGCUGCAGGACCGACUGCCGGCUGAGGGCCGGGGCGGUCUGCGCCUCGGGGCCCUGCUGCAGCGACUGCAGGAUCGCCCCGGCCGGGAAGCUCUGCCGUCCGCAGAGCGGCGAGUGCGACCUCCCCGAGUGGUGCGACGGUGCCUCGGCCGGCUGCCCGGAGGACGUGUUCAAGCAGGACGGGACCCCGUGCGGCCAGGACGCCCGCUGCUACCGGAAGUGGUGCGGCGACCGGGACGGCCAGUGCCGGGCCCUCUUUGGGCCGGAGGCCCGCGGUGGGCCGCGGGCCUGCUACGAGGAGGUGAACGUCCGUGGGGACCGCUUCGGCCACUGCGGCCUCUGGAACUGGCUCUACCACAAGUGCCAGGGGGACGACGUCCUGUGCGGGAGGGUCCAGUGCCGGGACGUCCAGCGGCUCCCGGCGCUGGCUGACCACACCACCGUGGUCCAGACAGCCCUGGACGGCGUCACAUGCUGGGGCACCGACUACCACGUGGGGAUGGGCAUCCCCGACGUUGGGGACGUCAAGGACGGCACCGCCUGUGGGCCGGGCGGGAUCUGCGUCGGGCGGCGCUGCGUCGGCCUGGCCACCCUGCGCUACGACUGUGAGGCCGAGAGGUGCCACUCCCGGGGGGUGUGCAACAGCAAGAGGAACUGCCACUGCCAUUUUGGCUGGGCCCCGCCCCACUGCGCCACCCGGGGCUUCGGCGGGAGCAUCGACAGCGGCCCCGCUGCCCCGGACCGCCUGCUGCCCACCAUCUGCUUCAUCCUUUACACACUGGCCGUCUUCGCCCUCUUCUUCCUCGGGACGGUGUUUCACCCGUCCCUCGGGGCGCUGCUCAGACCCCGGCCGGGCCGGGGCGAGCGCAGGAAGGAGGCCGGACGGUCUGGCUGGAGAAGCUAUCUGAGGAGGAUGGUUCACCUCUAGGCGGUAGCUGGGUGGUCCGGAGAUAGGCCCCAAGGCCGGCAGGACGUGAUGGGGGGAUUUUCCAUCUCGCCCCAGAUGAGGCGUGAGCGAGCCGGAGGGAUCGGCGGCCUUCUUUUCGAAGAACGCCCCCUCACCCCACCCUGGCCCCAAUCUCCUCCUCCACUGGCGGAGCUGAAGAUUCGGGUCCCGAGCCGACAGGCCGAUGGGGCUCUGGCCAAGAUCUCCUCCUGGUGCCCUUCUUUCUCCUUGGCAGCUGGGGAUGGAGAGCAGGAGGGACCCGCCUCGGGCCAAGACGGCUCCCCGCCCUGACUCCUCGCACGCCGUCAGGAGCCAAAGGACGGCGGCGGCUUUUCUCCGUCCGGCCUGGAUAGGCCAGGACUCUUCUGAGAAGUCGCUGUCUUGGACUCACCCUCUCCCCCCUGCCACCGAGAGACCGUUAAAUGCCACUCAUAGCUCACGGGGCUGUCGCGAUCGUUCCGUUUGAAUAAAACUCAAUAUUUUAAAAAUUCGA